AUGAGUCCACCAGCUACUUUCCCUUCUGACGAUAAUCUUACGUCUUCUUCAGCAAAAGAACAAACUUUUUCAAAUUCAAACACAGAGUCACAGAGAAUCAAUAAGAAUACAGCCUCUUUACCAAAUACUAAAAAUAGCACUUUGCCACCUAAUUAUGAUUACGAUGAUAUAUCAAGCUUAGCAUCCAUAUCAUCCUCUUCUUUAGCAUCUGAAUUAAACACUAUAAAUGCUAAGCAUAUUACGAACAAUCAAAGUAAUAAUGCUGGAAAUAAAUCCAAUAAAUCUAUAUUGGAUCACCAAAAUACGGAUUCCUGUAGUUUAAACGGAGAAAAAUUCACUAAAACAAUUACAUCAAACACUAUACACACAUAUAAAUCAACGCUCUCAAAAAUUUUAACAGAUGUUAAGGAGGCUGUUCAAGAUGAUAACAUGCAAACUAAGGAGGAAGAAUCUUUAAACAACAAUGACUUAAAUAGAUUAUUAACUAAGAAUUUUGAUUUAGGUGAUGCGCUACGAUUAGAAAGUCACAAUACUGAUGAAACAAUAAAUCCUGAGCAUUUGGAGAGUGGAUUGGAAAAAACUAAUACCGGAUAUGGAUCAAAUCUGGAAGAAAAAAUUGAACCUUUGAAAAAAGUUUUUACCAAUAAAAGUACAGGAAAAUUAAAACCACCGCCAGAAGGCGGUUAUGGUUGGAUUUGUUGCAUUUGUGUUACCUUGACAAUGUUUUGUACUUGGGGUUCUAAUUCUGGAUUUGGGGUUUUUUUAGCUUAUUAUUUAAACAACGAUGUUUUUAAAGGCGCCUCCAAGUAUGAUUAUGCCUUUAUUGCAGGCUUUACUGUUUUUCUAGGGGAGGCAGGUGCACCCUUUGCUGCUAUUGUCAUGAAAUUGGUUGGUUUAAAAAUACCGAUGAUCAUUGGCUGUUGCAUAAUGUUUGCUGGUUUUCUAAUGGCAGCAUAUAGUACCAGAUUAUGGGAACUAUAUUUAACCCAAGGUGUGAUGAUUGGCAUUGGUAUGUCCUUUGUUUUUGUUCCAGCAACAACAGUCUUGCCCGGUUGGUUUUUAAAGAAGAGAUCAUUUGCAUUGGGCGUUUCUUUGAUCGGCACCGGCGCUGGCGGAGUUACCUACUCAUUAAGUGUCAACAAAUUGAUUUCAGAUACAGGAAAUCAAAAAUGGGCAUUGAUUAUGUUGACAAUAAGUUCCACCGUUGGUAUUCUUAUUGCGAUUAUUUUCAUCAAACAACAUAAUCCAGUCAAGCCAAUGGGAUUGACUAAAGAAAAUAUUGUAAAACAAUUUAAAAUUGGGUUUUCUUUGAAAAUUAUCAAGUCAUAUCAUGUGAAUAUCAUUGCUAUUUGCUUUUCCUUGGCUAUUUUUGGUUAUAAUUUAAUGAUUUUUACUUUGGCCUCAUAUGGUAUUUCCAAGGGGUUAUCCCGUCAUCAAGCCUCUAUUUUGACUGCAGUAAUUAAUGCUGCUCAAUGUUUUGGGAGACCAGGAAUGGGUUUAUUAGGUGAUAGACUGGGUAGAUCAAAUGUAACUUCCUUAAUGACACUAUUGCUAUGUAUCUUUUUAUUUGCAUUUUGGAUAACAGCGCAUACUUUUAUUCAGUUAAUUUUCUUUUCAAUAUGUGUCGGAUGUUGUGUUGGUGUUGCCAAUGUCAUGAACGCUGUUCUAAUUGCUGAUUUGGUACCGCCUUCAGAUUUUUCUGCUGCUUGGGGUUGGAUGAACCUUUCUUCCUCGCCUCCAUUAUUGUUUUGUGAAGUUGUAGCACAAGCUUUAACUGUUCCAAAACAUAAAGAUAAUCCAUAUUUGCACACACAGAUUUUUGCAGGCUUUUGUUUUGUUGCUGCCUUAUUGAUGAGUUUGUUGAUUAGAGAAUAUACUGUCAGAAUAAAUCUGAAGCAGAGACUGAAAAAUACCAAUGAGCAAUUGGAUAAAUAUGAAACUUCAACUAUUCACCAUUCUAAGGAACUAGAACCUAGUGAUAAAAUUGUUACCAAUAGUAGAAUAGAUAAUAAUUCGCUCCCUAAUGAAAACAAUCCUCUAAGUUGUGAUUUGUUAUACAAAAGAAAGAAUAAAUACGAGUAUAUGUUAAGGCCUUCAGUAAAAUCUUUUAUUAUGAGAACUUUUUAUCCCAUUAAAGUUUAA